AUGCCCGCCGCCUCCGACGCCUCUCCUGCCGCCACUGGCAAGGCGUCCGCCCAGUCGGUCGCUGUCCUCGAGGACCUCAUCAAGAACCUCAACCUUUCCACCAGCGCCGACGAGACCAACGCCGCUGCUACCAACCUUGCCACUCUCUUCAGCGGUCCUAUCGCCGAGCAGACUCUUCCUCUGAAGGCCACCGAGAUCUUCAAGAAGCAGCUCGCCAACAAGAAGGAUGCUACUGCCCGUGAGCGUGCCUGCGAGGGUAUCCGUGCUAUUGCCGCCCACCCCACAAUCGCUCCCGGUGUUGAGCCCCACCUCGUGGCUCUCCUCGGCCCCGUCCUCGCCGCUGUUGGUGACAAGGUUGUCGCCGUCAAGCAGGCCGCCCAGUCCACCGCUAUCGCCAUUGUCCAGGCUGUCAGCGGUAACGCCGUCAAGGCUGUUAUCACCCCUAUCCUCUACUCCCUCGCCAACGCCCAGAAGUGGCCCGAAAAGAUGGCUGCUCUCGAUUGCAUCAACAUCCUCGUUGAGUCUGCCCAGAUGCAGCUUGGCUACCAGGUUCCUACUCUGAUCCCCGUCAUCUCCGAGGCUAUGUGGGACACCAAGGCCGAGAUCAAGAAGGCUGCCUACUCCACCAUGGAGAAGGUUUGCGGUCUGAUCGUCAACAAGGAUAUUGAGCGUUUCAUUCCCGAGCUGAUCAAGUGUAUCGCCAAGCCCGAGAACGUCGCCGAGACCGUUCACUUGCUCGGUGCCACUACUUUCGUCACUGAUGUCACUGGCCCUACCCUCGCUAUCAUGGUCCCCCUGCUUGACCGUGGUCUCGUCGAGCGUGAGACCGCCAUCAAGCGUAAGACCGCUGUCAUUGUCGACAACAUGUGUAAGCUCGUGGAGGACCCCCAGCUUGUCGCUCCCUUCUUGCCUAAGAUGUUGCCCGGUUUGAACAAGAACUUCGAGACUCUUGCCGACCCCGAGGCCCGUGAGAAGACUCGCCAGGCUCUUGACACCCUUUCCCGUGUUGGUAACGUUGUGGACGGCAAGAUUCCCGAGGUUUCCCGCGCUGGUGACAUUUCCACCAUCGUUGCCAUCCUCAAGGAGAUCCUCGAGGCUAAGCACAAGGACGUCAUUGCCCAUUCCGAGGAGGCCAUCACCUACGUUGCUGCCAUCGCCGCUCAGCUUGUUGACGAGAAGGAGAACGACCACGUCAUCUGGACCCAGAACACCAUGCCUUACAUCACUGCCAUCGUUGGUGAGGAGAAUGCUAAGUCCAUCGCUGAGGAGCUCCGCAAGAAGGCUUGCCCCGAUGCCGCCGCUGCUGAUGCCAUCGCCUCCGAUGAGGAGGAAGGUGUCGAUCUUUGCAACUGCACUUUCUCCCUGGCUUACGGUGCCAAGAUUCUGCUUAAUCAGACUCACCUGCGCCUGAAGCGUGGCCAGCGUUACGGUCUCCUCGGCCCCAACGGUUCCGGAAAGACCACCCUCAUGCGUGCCAUCAACAACGAGCAGCUCGAGGGUUUCCCCAAGAAGGAUGAGGUCAAGACCGUCUACGUCGAGCACGAUCUCGACUCUGCCGAUACUGAGCAGACCGUCAUUGCCUGGACCCAGAAGAAGCUUGCUGAGGUUGGACAGAACCCUCCCCGUGAGGAGCUCGAGGGCAAGCUGCUCAACGACUUCGGUUUCUCCGAGUUCCAGAUUCAGGGUCCUAUUACUGCCCUCUCUGGUGGUUGGAAGAUGAAGCUCGCUCUCUGCCGUGCUGUCUUCGAGAACCCCGAUAUUCUCUUGCUUGACGAGCCUACCAACCACUUGGACGUCAAGAACGUCGCAUGGCUCGAGGAGUACCUGAAGAACUCCCCCUGCACUUCUAUCAUGGUUUCUCACGACUCCAAGUUCCUCGACAACGUCAUCCAGCACGUCGUUCACUACGAGCGCUUCAAGCUCCGCCGUUACCGUGGUACCCUCUCCGAGUUCGUCAAGCAGCACCCCGCUGCUCGGUCCUACUACGAGCUCGGUGCCUCCGAGAUGGAGUUCAAGUUCCCCGAGCCCGGUUUCCUUGAGGGUGUCAAGACCAAGUCCAAGGCCAUUUGCCGUGUUAGCAACAUGUCCUUCCAGUACCCCGGUACCCCCAAGCCCCAGAUUCACGGAAUUACCUUCCAGGUCUCCCUUGGUUCCCGUAUUGCCGUCAUCGGUGCCAACGGUGCUGGCAAGUCUACUCUCGUUAACGUCCUGACUGGUGAACUCAUUCCCACCUCCGGUGAGGUCUACCAGCACGAGAACAUCCGUAUUGCCUACAUUAAGCAGCACGCUUUCGCUCACAUCGAUAACCACCUCAACUCCACUCCUUCCGAGUACAUCCAGUGGCGUUUCCAGACCGGUGAGGACCGCGAGACUAUGGACCGUGCCAACAAGAUCGUCACCGAGGAGGAUGAGAAGGCCAUGGACAAGAUCUACAAGAUUGAAGGCACCCUCCGCCGUGUCAUCGGUAUCCACUCUCGUCGCAAGUUCAAGAACACCUACGAGUACGAGAUCUCUUGGUCUCUGGGUGACAACGUCGGCAUGAAGUCCGAGAAGUGGACUCCUCUCAUGUCCGCUGACAACACCUGGUUGCCUCGCUCCGAGAUUAUUGUCUCUCACCCCAAGCAGGUCGCUGAGGUUGAUCAGAAGGAGGCCCUCGCCUCCGGUCAGUUCCGUCCCCUUGUCCGCAAGGAGAUUGAGCAGCACUGCGCCAACUUCGGUCUCGAUGCCGAGCUUGUUUCUCACUCUCGCAUGCGCGGUCUCUCCGGUGGCCAGCGUGUUAAGGUCGUUCUCGCCGCUUGCUCGUGGCAGCGUCCUCACCUUAUCGUCCUUGACGAGCCCACUAACUACCUCGACCGUGACUCCCUCGGUGCCCUCUCCAAGGCUAUCAAGUCUUUCGAGGGUGGUGUUGUUAUCAUUACUCACUCCCGUGAGUUCACUGAGCACCUGACUGAGGAAGUCUGGGCCGUCAACGACGGUGUCAUGACCCCCUCCGGACACAACUGGGUCCAGGGUCAGGGCUCUGGCCCCCGUCUCGACGCCAAGGGUGACGAUGAUGAGGACAAGUUCGAUGCCAUGGGCAACAAGAUCGUUGUUACAAAGAAGGUCAAGCUUACUGGCUCUGAGCUUCGCAAGAAGAAGAAGGAUCGUGCUGCCCGCCGCAAGCGUGGUGAGGAGGUGUUCUCCGAUGAGGAUGACCUUUGAACGCCCACUUGGGGUGUUUAUUGAUGCACAUUAUGAUCGUUUGAUGAAUUUCAUAUGCUUUGCUAGGACAAAAUUCAAUUCUCUGUUCAA